AUGCACGUGGAGCAGCUGUUGCUCGUCGUCUACGGACUCUUCUGGCAGCAGACGUCGGCCAUCGACGACGGCGACAGCUUCUCUCUGGGGAAUCUGUCGUGGCCGUUGAGUAACGAGCCGCUGACCCACAACUUCUCGUUGCUCGACGUCUACAGUCCGUUGCUGGCCUUCGUCGUCGAACUCAACACCAAUGAAACAGCAAUGCUUUUGGACUUGAUCGACAAUCAUUCCCUUUCCGAGCUCAAGUACCAGAUCGACGAGAUGCGCCGUGGCUCAAAACUGGUCGCUAACGAGUCUAUCUCGGCGGCUUUCCAUCCUAACGCCGUGCAAAUCGUCGAAUCGUACCAUGUUGGAAGGCUAGGUUGUAAAAAUGAAAAAGACGUUUUAGAACGCAGCUAUUUUCAACGCGCUACGCUGUCUUUGGGCGCGACAACUGCAAAAAGUUCUCCCGGUUAUCGAUCAGUUCGUUGUACUUCACUAUUUCGGCCAGAGGUUAUUUUUUUCAAAUAUAUAUAACCAUCUCAAAUGUGAAACUUUUUUUAAAAGCGGAAUAGAUUCGGCAAAAAAAAAUAUUAGAAGAAAAAAAAUUCUGAAUCUCAGGCUUAAAAAAUGAUUCAAAUAAAAUACUUCUGAUCUCACUUUAAAAAAAUAGAAAAAAUCUCAGAAAGUCGGAAAGAUCAAGUCCCUCGAUUUGGUCACGUCUCUGGAACAACUUCCGAAUGUUGUUCAAAGGGCAGAAUGAGCUAUUCAGUAAGAUUUCGCUACAUUUUUCAACCCGUUGAUAAAUACAGUAAUGCCCAAGUUAUUACAGUGUGCCAGGCAAACGACCCUCCUAUUGUGAAGAACAUGAUCGAGUCGAUGGAGAUGGAAGAGCUCGUCGCCCUAGACGAAGCCACUUCGGCAGACGACUUCGACGUCGUUUUUGACACGCUGCAAGCCAAAGUGCACGCGUUCGUCAAACCAAAAAAUGACGUUAUUAAAGUGUUCAGGUGAAAUCUGACGACAGCAAGGCGAAAAACUGGAGUACGUGGCUGAGUCGAAUUGGACCGCCGAAGCCUCUUCUUAACGUAUUUGACGAAAUGAGUGACGCCGAGAAAGAGUGA